GCAUCCUCCCCGUUCCACGCUCCCCACCUUCCUCUUCCUUCCCCGGGUCCAUCAAGUGACUCGGCCCAUUACCCUACCCCUAGCCAGCGAAGCCCGCCAUCCAAGCCCAGAUGGCGUGAUUGCUGCAAAAGCGCGGACCAGAUGACGAGCAACGGAGCUCUCUUAUAUAUGCCACUCGCCACCGAUACCCGCACUCACCAGCCCUCCUAACCUUAUCUUAUCCUCUGCUCAGCGUACGCCAUGGUCGCCGUCACCACUACGCAGACCGCCACCGAGACGCAGCCGCUCGAGGAGAAGCUCGCGGCGCUCGAUAUAGGGCAGACAGUGGGCAAGCCGGAGCUGCCCAAGUGGCAGAAGCCGCCUGUGACGAAGGAUGAGAACAUUGAGUGGGCCGACAUUCUCACUGUCGACCUUUCCCUAUACGACACCAAGCGUGACGAGCUCAUCGAGACCGUCCGCACGGCACUCCAGCGGGACGGCUUCUUCUACGUCGUUGGCCAUGGCAUCCCGCAGGAGACGCUCGACCGCCAAUUCGACAUCGGCCAGCACACCUUCGACGGCGUCUCCCGCGCCGAAAAGGAGAAGCACCGCGCUCUGAUCAAGGAAAACGGCAGUUUCAUGGGCUACAAGCUCCCCAACUACUGGGAAAUCAAGGACGGCGUCCGCGACCGCAUCGAGCACUACAACUUCUAUCAGAAUAGCUUAGACCCCGUCACCCGGCACCCGGCGCCUAUCCGGCCGUACGUCGAGGAGACGAAGGCGUUCCUGGAAGAAGCCCGCCAAAAGGUCCUCCGCCGCAUCUGCAACCUCAUCGACGGCGUCCUCGAGCUCCCCGAGGGCUACCUCUGGAGGCUGCACGAGACCGACGACGGCCGGCGCGGCGACGACCUCCUGCGCUACAUGAUCUACGACCCGCUCACCUCGGAGGAGAAGCGGAAGACGAACGGCGUGAUGCUCAACGGGCACACCGACUUCAACUCGCUCUCGACCCUUGUCUCGCAGCCGGUUACCGCGCUUCAGGUGCUCAUGCCGGAUGACAAGUGGCGGUACGUGAAGCACCGGGACGGGGCGCUGGUCAUCAAUAUUGGCGACCAGUUGGCGUUUAUGAGUGGGGGGAUCCUGAAGGGGACGAUGCAUCGGGUUGUCACCCCGCCUUCGGACCAGCAGAACUUCCGUCGCCUUGGUGUCUUCCACUUUGCGCACUUCGUGAGCGGCAUCCCGAUCGACCUCCUGCCGUCGAAGAAGGUGAAGGAGGAGGGCCAUGUCAUCUUCGAGGACCGUAUUCCUACAACAGACGAAUGGGAAACCACUCGCGUUCGCAACUACGGCACGGCGGACUUCAUCCGGGGAGAAGAGUACGACAUUGAAAUUAUCAACGGCGUGAAGUUGAGGCACUACCACUGAGGGAACCGCCAUUGAGGAU